AUGGCCUCAUCCUCAGGCAACCGAAACCCCGAAGUGAGAAAAGACGCGGUGUGGAACCGCUGGGUGAUAUUCUCACCCGCCAGAGCCAAACGACCCUCCGAUUUCAAAUCCAAGUCCCCAACCGACCCGAACCCGAACCAGCACUGCCCCUUCUGCAUCGGCCACGAGCACCAAUGCGCGCCCGAAAUCUUCCGGGUCCCGCCCCGCGACCCGGAUUGGAAAAUCCGGGUCAUCCAGAACCUCUACCCCGCUCUCUCCCGCGACCUCACCCAACCCGAACCGGCCCCUUCCGGUUCGGUCCUCGCCGGGUUCGGGUUCCAUGACGUGGUUAUUGAAACCCCGGUUCACCCGGUUCAGCUCUGCGAUUUGUCGCCUUCGGAAAUUGCGCGAGUUUUCUUCGCUUAUACAGAGAGAAUCCGCCAAGUCGCGAGCCAUGAAUCCAUCCGAUACGUGCAGGUGUUUAAAAAUCAUGGUGCUUCAGCUGGUGCAUCAAUGAGUCAUUCUCACAGUCAGAUGAUGGCCCUUCCAAUUAUUCCUCCUAGUGUUUCUGCCCGUCUUGCCAGUAUGAAAGAUUAUUUUGAUCAGACUGGGAAAUGUCUUAUUUGUGAAAUUCAACGGGAAGAUCUUUUAAUUGAUUCAUCUACUAACUUCUUUUCACUGGUUCCUUUUGCUGCUACAUUUCCUUUUGAGAUAUGGAUUGUUCCUCGGUACCACUCUGCUCACUUCCAUGAAUUGGAUGAUGAAAAGGCAGUUGAACUGGGAGGUUUGUUGAAACUAAUGCUCAGGAAGAUGUCUUUGCAGUUGAACAAUCCACCGUUCAACUAUAUGAUUCACACUAGUCCACUUCAUGCUAAUGGGUCAGAGUUAGCAUACACUCACUGGUUUAUACAGAUAUUACCUCAACUAAUUGGAAUUGCGGGUUUUGAGCUUGGAACUGGGUGCUAUAUAAAUCCUGUGUUCCCCGAGGAUGCUGCAAAGGUUCUAAGGGAAGUGAAAGUUCCAGAGUCAGGAUGAAGCGUGUAGAAACUCGUAACCUAAUCUCGAACUUGUAAGGUGAUUAUAUUUUUUAUUCACAUUUAUCAUUUAUGUGGGUCAAGCUUUUUAGUCACAGUUUAUAUAUUUUGAGCCUCCUAGUGAGGGAGUUUUGGCUCUUACAUGUAUCAUUAAUCUUAGUCCUAAAACCUUGAGGAAAUGGAAAUUUGAAAUAAACUAUUCAGUGUAUAGUAAACAAUUAUGCCGAAAGAGGAAAGGCAACUGCAUUUUUAAUCAUUUGGAUGUCCUUUUAGGGUUA